ACUGCGUGCAAAGCAAAAUGUUAAAAAUUAGUACAAUCAAGUGCUCAAUGUGCAACGAGAAUCUCAAAAAUAUCCUUGUUUUAUCAUUUGGAAUUCUAUUCUUGUAUACAGCUUACAUGGGACUUCAGACUUUGCAGAGCAGUCUCAAUAAAAUUGAAGGACUCGGUGUUGCAUCACUGAGUGUCAUGUAUGUUGCCCUCAGUAUUUCAUCAUUGCUGCUACCUCCUCUUCUUAUAAAGAGAAUUGGGUGCAAGUGGACCAUUGUAGUGUCUAUGUUCUGUUUCAUUUCCUAUAGCUUGUGCAACUUCUACCCAAGCUGGCCUACGCUGAUCAUUUCUUCUAUACUUGUGGGAUUAGGAGGAGGACCACUUUGGGCUGGCAAAAGUACUUAUAUUACAAUCAUUGGAAACAAAUAUGCAGAGACAUCUGGGCAAAUAGCUAAAGAUGUAGUGAACCAAUACUUUGGCAUUUUCUUUAUGAUUUGCCAAACCUGUCGUGUUUGGGGGAACUUAAUUUCGUCUUUGAUAUUUAACCUAUCACACAAUUCAGGAGGCCUUGAUGCUCUCAAUCAGACAGUUUGUGGUGCAGGCGACUGUCCACUACAGCAAUCACAAUCUGGGAAUAUCACUAGUAGUCAGCCAUCAAAAACCAUUCUGUACACUCUUCUGGGCUCCUAUACUGGUUGUGGAAUUCUGGCUGUGCUUUUGAUAAUUUUUUUUCUGGACAAGCCACACACAGAAAAACAGAAUAGAGAAAAUCAAAGUGAAACAUCAAUUUGUUCAUACCUGUUAGCAAGCUUUAAGCAACUUCGAGAUAAACGUCAGUGUCUCUUAAUUCCAUUGACAAUGUUCAGUGGUUUUGAACAAGGGUUUAUUGCCAGUGACUUUACAAAGUCUUAUGUGACCUGCAUUUUGGGACUGAAAUAUGUAGGAUUUGUAAUCAUCUGUUUUGGAGUUACUAAUUCUAUUUGUGCUGCAAUAUUUGGAAAACUCACCCAGUACACUGGUAGAAUUCCUUUGUUUCUCCUUGGAGCAGCUAUAAAUGUGGGUUGUAUCAUUGGAUUCUUGACAUGGAGACCUCACAUUGGUAACUUUGCUGUAUUUUUCAUAAUGUCUGGACUCUGGGGAAUUGCAGAUGCAGUUUGGCAGACAUUACUAAGCUCUCUCUAUGGUGUUUUGUUUGAAAAAAACAAAGAGGCCGCCUUUGCCAACUUCUCUCUCUGGGAAUCUCUUGGAUUUGCUAUAGCCUUUGGAUACAGCUCAUUUCUGUGUGUUUAUGUAAAACUUUACAUAUUAAUGUGCGUGGUGGUGAUCGGAAUUUUACUUUAUGGAAUAGUAGAAUAUAUUGAGCAUACGCAACUCAGAAAUUCACCUGUCACUGAAGAUGGACCAAAAGAAAAUGAAGCAAUCCCAGCCUAAACAAAGGCACUCCCAAAAUUUCUGUGAAAUGUCAUUGUGUUAUUUUCAGAUCAAACUAUUUAUUUUGUAUAUUAUGUUAAAUCUGAUAACACAGCAGUUAUAUGUGUCUAAAACAUUGCUAAGGCUAUAUUUAUAAAUUACAGUACAUUAUUUAUGUAAUUUAUUAAAAACUGUAUGUUAGGCCUGUGCAAACAUGGAAUGCAGUCUAAAUGCCAGAAAUCCACCAAUUUCUGUUGAAGUACAUGGGAAGCACCACGGGCCACCCUGCACAGAUGAAUGCUAUGGAAGUUCCCACUGAUGCCAAAGGGAACCAAA